UAUAACUCAAAAAUUACGCUUCAAUUCAAAUUUUGGUAAAGGAAAAAUCGUCUUAGAAUUGUAUCAGGAAUACGUCAUUUCACGGACGGAAGGUUGUUCCGGAACACCCUGUAUAUUUGAGUUUUUCUUAAUUCUUGAAAUGAUUUUCUAGACAUUUUAUCUUUACACACGAAACAAGUAUUCUCACUUAGCAGCAAUAAUGGAAAGAGUACUGUAAUUUCGAGCAGAAAUUGAAAUUAUGUUUCACUUGGCGAUUGCAACGUUCGUUGCCAAGUUAAACAAAAACAAAUGCGAUAUUCGCGAGCAUCGCGAUCACCAGGUGUAACGUAACCUUAGUGAUCAACAUCAGAACUAAUAUCGUAACAAUUUUUUCACAAAUAUCGUAACAAUCUUUUCAUCUUUUCACACAUCUUUAUGUUACGCAGUUUAUAACAGAAUUCGUAUAUUCUACAAUAUAGUGUUAAUUGUACGUUUGCAUUUCAUUCGUACAAUAUCCAUUAUUCAGACUAUAAAAUUAUUUCUGAAAUAAAUAAUGCCACCAGUGAAAGAACAAUUUGCAUUGAUAUGGUGGAUAAAAAGUGGCCAGAAGGAUAUAAUUCCUUUAUCCACCAUACCGAAGUGUAAACAAAAAAUAAACUCGAUUGUGAACCUAACAUGGAAAGAUUUCCGGACACAGGAAGAAACAAAAUCAGUAGCUAGAGUACUAGCAAUAAGUGAUGAUGAAAAUAAACUUUAUAAAACAAUAGUAACUGAUACUGGUGACUUACACGAUUCAAAUAAAAAAAAUUUUUCCGCACAUAUAAUAAAUAAAAAUAAAACAAUGGUUAAAAACAAAAAAUUAAUUAAAGAUAUUAAAAGUUCAAAUAGGAAAGAAUUAGAAGACAAAAUUAAGAAGAGUCAACAUAUAGUGUGUAAAGAAAAUCAUCCAUUAUCUACAUAUAUACCAAAAAGAAAAACAUCACUGCAUACAACGCAAAUAUAUAGACCCAAAUCAACAUCAACACUUCAAAGCAAUACUCCGAACUCUUCUAUAUAUAAUCAACAGAUGCGCAAUGCAGAAAGUAAUAUCAUAGCAUUACAAGCAGAUUAUUCAUCACACACAUAUCCAAAUAAUGAAUUUAUUUCAAAUAAUACUAUGGAAGUGUCAUCAAUGGUAUAUGAUUCAUGUGCCACAACAUACAAUGCGUCACCUCAAAAUUCUUUUAUCAAUUCGGAUAAAGAUAGUAGCACACCAUCUUCUCAAAUAUACUCUGCAGCAUCACGCACAUUACAAAAUGAUCAAAAUGUUAUUUCAAGUAACGAUAAAAUCAUGGAGACAACACCAUCAAGAAUAUAUAGUUCGCAUGAAUCAACACAUGACACUUUAUAUACUCAGAAUGCAUUUAAAGAUAGUUCUACACACUAUCAGCUGUACACAAUUCAAAUAACUCAAUCUAUGAAAAGAAAUGAUACUCAGAAGAAAUUUAUGAACACAGGAAAAAAUAUCACCACACCAUCUUUAACGAACUCCGGAUCAUCAUGCACACUUUCACAUGAUCAACAAUGCACUAAUGCAUCAAGUUUUUCAGGACUUUUUCCAUGGACAGUAAGAAAACAAGAUAUAGAAGUAGUAGAACGGUUAUUAACCAUGAUGAAAACAGCUUAUAGAGAACAAACUAAAAUGAACAUAGGAACUCCAGAAAAAUGUCCAAUAUCUAGCACUUAUUUUGCAGACGAUGAUAAUAAGGAAGAAUUAUCACCAAACUGUGGUUUUUAUCUUCCUAAAUCAAAGAAGACAUAUAUGAAAUUAGAAUAUGAUAUCCAUCAGGAUUGGAAAGUACUGGUACGAGAAACGCUUCUUGAGGUUUAUGGCUCGAGUAUUGCCAAUUAUUCAGCUACUAGCAAAAGAGGUAAUCGCCCACCUAUCAACCGGCAAUUAUUCAACGGACUAUUUG